GCAAAAUCACAUGACGUCCUUGUUCCAGUCAGCUGAUGUAAACGAGCUGCCCGGUUGAUGUUUCUAAGGAGGCUGGAAUUAUUUAUCAAGAAUUAUGAUCAAAUUACUUGAGAAACUGCCUCCAACGGAAUGUCCAAAAUUCCUCCACAGAGUGGUAGAUGGGGUGUGUGGUCGGGACCCCCCUCGGCUGGGGGAUUAUGGGAACACCUGGAGCCUGACAGAGUGGAUGGAGCUCCUGGAUGGUCUCUCCUCCUUCUUCCGCUUCACCGUGGGCAGGAAGUGCUCUGAGGAAGAGGUACAAGUGUCGUUGGUGGAUCUGUCCGGCGGCCAUCUUGAGGCUGUCUUGGCAUGUCUGAAGGCCAGGGGGGAGGAGCUUCGGCAGGCCCUGGUGGAGCGGACCAAUGCCGUGUCCUCUGCCCAGCUACAGGACUUUGACUGGCAGAUCAAGUUGGCUCUCUCCAGCGAUAAGAUCUCCUCCCUGCAGAUGGCGCUGUUGAGCCUGAGUCUGGAUGUGAAGCAGGGCGGGGUGCUGAAACCCCUGUCCCUCGAGCUGGACCGCCACGAGCUACAAACCCUCAUCACCUCCUUAGAGGCAGCCAAUAAGGUCGUUCUCCAGCUCAAAUGAUGGAGGUGAUCAACGGCAGCAGAUACAGAGCAAAGAACGCCUCAGCAUUUCAAAGAGACAGAGAAACACAACAUUUCAGAGCCCCAGAGAGAGGCCGUGUGUGUGAGAGCUUGCCUGAGAGAGAGAGUGUGUGUGUGAGAGAGAGAGACUGCGUGUGUGUGUGUGAGAGCUUGCCUGAGUGAGAGAGAGUGUGUCUGUGAGAGAGAGAGACUGCAUGUGUGUGUGAGAGCUUGCCUGAGUGAGAGAGAGAGUGUGUGUGAGAGAGAGAGAGAGACUGCAUGUGUGUGUGAGAGCUUGCCUGAGUGAGAGAGAGUGUGUGUGAGAGAGAGAGAGACUGAAUGUGUGUGUGAGAGCUUGCCUGAGUGAGAGAGAGUGUGUGUGUGUGAGAGAGAGAGAGACUGCAUGUGUGUGUGAGAGUGUGCUUGAGUGAGAGAGCCUGAGAGUGUGUGAGAGACAGAGAGAGAGACAGCAUGUGUGUGUGUGUGUUAUAGCAUUUCAGAGAGAGAGAGAGGGAGAGAGCACGUGUAUCAGGAGUGCUGUGAACAUUUGAGCACAGUGAAGAUGGGCAUCCUCACCUGACACCACGUCGGCCAAUCAGACUGCAGCACCUGACCAGUGCCAAAAUGCUAGAUUUUUGUUUGUACACAUUCCUUUUGUGUGUGUGUGUGUGCACCUGUAUGUGAUGAAUAAAAUGUUUUUAAAAAUC